AGAAAUAUUCUUCCUUGUCCUGACUCAGUUUCCCCUUGUGCACCGGGGUGGAAUUGGCCAUUGGACACUGUGCCCUCAAACUCCCCUGCGGGAGAGAGCCCCAGGGAGCAGUGACACUUGAGAGAGCACAGGAAACACAGGAAACGGGACUUAGUCCACGAGAGGGAGGUAGGGGCGGAUGCAACGAAACUGGAAACUAAGGCAAGGCCAAGGUCACACACAGAGAUGGGGUUCCACAUCCCUGCCUCCCCAGGGGGGCCCUCUUUCGCCUACCUCCCCACCCACCGUGCUGUAGGGCUUGAACCAAAGGUUUUCACACUUAGCUCCAGCCACAUCCGUUUUGUAUGUUGAGACAGGGUCUUGCUAAAUCGCCAAGUUAUGAUCCUUCUGCCUCAGCCUCCCAGAGUGCUGGGAUUCCGGGCGUGCAACACCAUGCCCAGCCUCCAUCCUGCUUGGUGGCCUGCCCUGCCGUGCCCUCUACUUCUCCACCCUGAGGGUCCACAGACUCUGCCUCCUGAGCUCUCUCUGAUCUUGGCCCCAAGCCCUUGCCUCUCUGGUCCCUGGUCUCCCAGAUGGUGAGGCCUAGGUCCCCUUAGGCCCUUUCAUUGCUGGCAUAGAUACUGGUGGGGGGCUCCAAGCCCCACAGGAAAGAGCAUAGGUCCCACUCUGGGCUCCACAGAGCUUCCCAAUCCCCAUUUUACAGAUGGGAAAGUGAGGGGGAGAGGACAGUGGUCAGUGAUUCUCUCUGACCGCCUGCUGUUAAGCCACAGGCAGUGUCAUCCCGCAGGGACCUCCUGUUCCAGGCUGUGACAUGUGUCAGCAGCAGGGGGGAACUGGGCUGCAGGAGUUAAACCCUCAAGUGCUCUCUGAGGACCCAUUGGGGACCAGGGACAGCUGGGGAGACCCGUCUGGGACCCUUCCCCCCCCCCCCGUGGAUAGAGUGUGGGGGAGGGGCAGGCAGAAGGAGCUAGACUGAGAGACAGGAAGUGAGAGGCGCAAGGAGGGACGGACGGCGUCAGACGUGAGGAUGUGAGCAGACGGGAGAAAGGAGGGGCACCCAGAGGUCCCCCAGCGUGCUGGCCCAGCCACUCAGCACACCCCUCAGCUCAAGCUGGGCCGGACGGGGAGGGGCAGACUUGGCCGGGCUACUACCCGUCUCUGCCCCCACCCCACUCCUGCAAGGCUUCUGAUGUAAUAUCCAAGACGUAGCGUUUCACUGGAAUUGUGCGAAUCCAGUUGCAGGAGGUUUCAGAGGCCAUUUUACCCUGCAGUGGGAUGGAGGAUAAGGGGUCGUGACCCUCGGGGCAUUCCCCUUUUCUUAGGAAGGCGUCAUCUACCCUAUCCCCCCCCCACACACACAUCCUUCUCUGGCACCCUAAGUCCCCCAGGCUAGAGCUGAGGCCUGAUGCCCCACUGCUACCGCUGGUCCCCGCCCCGGACCGCAAUUGGCUGUUGCCAUGGUACCAGCCCAUCUUCCUGCGCAGCCAUUGGCCGCCGCGCCUGCAUCCCGAAUCCUGCAUCCUCCCCCGUUCUCGGUGGUCUCGCCCAGUGCCAGGAGAGGCGGUGCCGGCUGGCCAGGCCCGGAUCGGGCUUUGUCCACACCGGAGCCCCUCACCCACGCCACCGAAACCCCGAAGCCCUGGAGGCCGCACCUGCGGCCACCCAGGGCUGGGAUUUCGGGCGGGAUCCGCAAAGCUGCUUGGAGGGAGGAGGCCCCAGUCCCCCACCCCACUGUGCCCCACCCUGUCCCGGUCAGCCCAGCUGAAAUUAAGUGGAUGCGCGUUCCCGGGGUGAAGGGCAGCAUCGGGGCCUCCCUCCUUUUUUUCUGCCUCAUCUGUCAGCGUGGACUCUGUUACCCCAGACUGGGAGCUGGAAAGGAAACUGAACCCAGAAAAAAGGCGCUGCAGGAGCUGAAGAUGACGAGCUCGGUGGCCUCCUACGAGCAGCUGGUGAGGCAGGUGGAGGCCUUGAAGGCUGAGAACAGUCACCUGAGGCAGGAGCUCCAGGACAACUCGAGCCACCUGUCCAAACUGGAGAAUGAGACCUCCGGGAUGAAGGAGGUCCUGAAGCACCUGCAGGGCAAGCUGGAGCAGGAGGCCCGCGUGCUGGUGUCCUCGGGGCAGACGGAGGUGCUGGAGCAACUGAAAGCUCUCCAGAUGGACAUCACUAGUUUAUACAACCUCAAGUUCCAGCCACCUGCCCUGGGCCCCGAGCCUACUGCCCGGACUCCCGAGGGAAGCCCAAGCCAUGGCUCCGGGCCCUCCAAGGACAGCUUUGGGGAGCUGAGCCGGGCGACCAUUCGGCUUCUAGAGGAACUGGACCGGGAGCGGUGCUUCCUGUUGAGCGAGAUUGAGAAGGAGGAGAAGGAGAAGCUGUGGUACUACUCCCAGUUGCAAGGCCUGUCCAAGCGCCUGGACGAACUGCCGCACGUGGAGACGCAGUUCUCCAUGCAGAUGGACCUGAUCCGGCAGCAGCUGGAAUUCGAGGCCCAGCACAUCCGCUCGCUGAUGGAGGAGCGCUUUGGCACCUCGGAUGAGAUGGUGCAGCGCGCGCAGAUCCGAGCUUCGCGCCUGGAGCAGAUUGACAAGGAGCUCUUGGAAGCGCAGGACCGGGUGCAGCAGACUGAGCCCCAGGCUCUACUGGCCGUGAAGUCGGUGCCAGUGGAGGAGGAGCCUGAGGUCGAGGUUCCCACGCACCCCGAGGAUGGUACCCCGCAACCGGGCAACAGCAAGGUGGAGGUGGUUUUCUGGCUGCUGUCCAUGCUGGCAACGCGUGACCAGGAGGACACGGCGCGCACGCUGCUGGCCAUGUCCAGCUCUCCGGAGAGCUGCGUGGCCAUGCGCCGCUCCGGCUGCCUACCCCUGCUCUUACAGAUCCUUCACGGAGCCGAGGCGGGGGCGGGGGGUCGUGCAGGGAACCCGGGAGCCCCCGGGGCCAAGGACGCGCGCAUGCGGGCCAAUGCCGCGCUGCACAACAUCGUCUUCUCACAGCCCGAUCAGGGCCUGGCACGCAAGGAGAUGCGCGUGCUGCACGUGCUGGAGCAGAUCCGCGCCUACUGCGAGACCUGCUGGGACUGGCUGCAGGUGCGCGACGGCGGGCCCGAGGCGGGCGGCGCCCCUGUCCCCAUCGAGCCUCAGAUCUGCCAGGCCACCUGCGCCGUGAUGAAGUUGUCCUUUGACGAGGAAUACCGCCGGGCCAUGAAUGAGCUGGGUGGCCUGCAAGCUGUCGCAGAACUGCUGCAGGUGGACUACGAGAUGCACAAGAUGACCCGGGACCCCCUGAACCUCGCCCUGCGCCGCUACGCAGGGAUGACCCUCACCAACCUCACCUUCGGGGACGUGGCCAACAAGGCCACCCUCUGUGCCCGCCGGGGCUGCAUGGAGGCCAUCGUGGCCCAGCUAGCAUCCGAGAGUGAAGAGCUCCACCAGGUGGUGUCCAGCAUCCUGCGCAAUCUGUCCUGGAGGGCAGACAUCAACAGCAAGAAGGUGCUGAGGGAGGUCGGCAGUAUGACGGCCCUGAUGCAGUGCGUCCUGCGGGCCACCAAGGAGUCUACCCUGAAGAGCGUGCUCAGCGCCCUAUGGAAUCUGUCGGCGCACAGCACGGAGAACAAAGCGGCCAUCUGCCAGGUGGACGGCGCGCUGGGCUUCCUGGUGAGCACCCUGACCUACCGCUGCCAGGGCAACUCCCUGGCCGUCAUCGAGAGUGGCGGCGGCAUCCUGCGCAAUGUGUCCAGCCUCAUCGCCACACGUGAGGACUACAGGCAGGUGCUUCGAGACCACAACUGCCUGCAGACCCUGCUGCAGCACCUGACGUCGCACAGCCUGACCAUCGUGAGCAACGCCUGCGGCACCCUCUGGAACCUGUCUGCGCGCAGCCCUCGCGACCAGGAGCUGCUGUGGGACCUGGGCGCAGUGGGCAUGCUGCGUAAUCUGGUGCAUUCCAAGCACAAGAUGAUCGCGAUGGGCAGCGCAGCUGCCCUGCGCAACCUGCUGGCCCAUCGGCCCGCCAAGUACCAGGCAGCGGCCACGGCCAUCUCCCCGGGCACCUGCGUGCCCAGCCUGUAUGUGCGUAAGCAGCGGGCGCUGGAGGCGGAGCUGGACACCCGGCACCUGGCGCAGGCGCUGGGCCACCUGGAGAAGCAGAGCCUGCCUGAGGCCGAGGCCGAGCCCACCUCCAAGAAACCGCUGCCCCCGCUGCGGCACCUGGACGGGCUGGCCCAGGACUACGCCUCCGACUCGGGCUGCUUCGAUGACGACGAUGCACCGUCUCUGGCUGCUGCUGCCGCCACCGCAGAGCCUGCCAGUCCCGCUGUGAUGUCCAUGUUCCUGGGUAGCCCCUUCUUGCAGGGCCAGGCGCUGGCCCGUUCCCAGCCUGCCCGCCAUGGUGCCCUGGAGGCUGAGAAGGAGUCUGGGGGAGACGCAGCCGUGGCGGCCAAAGCCAAAGCCAAGCUGGCGCUGGCGGUUGCUCGCAUUGACCGGCUGGUGGAGGACAUCUCCGCUCUGCACACCUCGUCCGAAGACAGCUUCAGCCUCAGUUCUGGGGACCCUGGGCAGGAGGCGCCCAGGGAGGGCCGCGCUCAGUCCUGCUCACCCUGCCGGGGCUCCGAGGGUACACGGAGGGAGGGUGGCGGCCGGGCCCAUCCGCUGCUGCGUCUCAAAGCCGCACACGCCAGCCUCUCCAACGACAGCCUCAACAGCGGUAGCACCAGCGACGGCUACUGCCCACGGGAGCACAUGCAGCCCUGCCCACUGGCUGUGCUGGCCGAGCAUCGAGAGGACCCGCUUCGUGGGCAGAUAAGGCCCAGCCGGCUAGACCUUGACCUGCGCGGUGGGCAGGCCAAGCCGCCCUCACGUGACCCUGCAGCUACUGCUGACGCAGGGGUGCGCACCAUCAAGCUGUCACCCACCUACCAGCACGUGCCCCUGCUAGAGGGGGGUACAGGGGCACGGCCACUCACUGGGCCUGGGGCCCGGAAGCAGGCGUGGAUGCCGGCGGACAACCUCAGCAAGGUGCCCGAGAAGCUGGCAGGUGGCACUCCGUUGCCUGCGGUCAGCAAGGUCUUACAGAAACUGGCGGUGCAGGAUGGGCCACUGUCCCUCUCUCGCUGCAGCUCUCUGUCCUCACUAUCCUCUGCUGGCCAUGCUGGCCCCAGUGAGGGUGGUAAUCUGGAUGACAGUGACUCUUCUCUAGAUGGGCUAGAGGAGACCGGUCCUGGGGAGGCAGAGCUGGAUGGGGGUUGGCGGGCGUCUGGGUCCACCUCGCUGCCCGUGGCCAUCCCUGCACCCCGCCGGGGACAUGGGCGGGGGCUGGGGGUGGAGGAUGCCACACCGUCCAGCUCCUCAGAGAACUGCGUGCAGGAGACACCACUUGUUCUGAGCCGCUGCAGCUCGGUGAGCUCUCUGGGCAGCUUCGAGAGCCCGUCCAUCGCCAGCUCCAUCCCCAGCGACCCAUGCAGCGGGCUGGGCAGCGGCACCGUCAGCCCCAGCGAGCUGCCUGACAGCCCUGGGCAGACAAUGCCGCCCAGCCGCAGCAAGACACCGCCAGCGCCACAGGGCCAGCCAGAGACCAGCCAGUUCAGCCUGCAGUGGGAGAGCUACGUCAAGCGCUUUCUGGACAUUGCAGACUGCCGUGAGCGCUGCCAGCCACCUUCCGAACUGGACGCGGGCAGCGUGCGAUUCACUGUGGAGAAGCCAGACGAGAACUUCUCCUGCGCCUCCAGCCUCAGUGCCCUGGCUCUGCAUGAGCUAUACGUGCAGCAGGAUGUUGAGCUGCGGCUGCAGCCGCCUGCCUGCCCAGAGCGAGAGGGAGGUGGAGGUGGAGGAGGACACCGCCGGGGGGAUGAGGCUGGUGGCCGCCUGGAGGGCCCCAAGCCAUCCAGCUCUCGCACCUGCUCCUCCGGUGACCAGGAACUGGAGCUGCUGCGUGAGUGUCUGGGAACCACCGUGCCCGCCCGACUUCGCAAAGUGGCCUCGGCACUGGUGUCUGGCCGCCGUGCCCUGCCAGUACCGGUCUACAUGCUGGUGCCUGCCCCGGCCCAAGACGAUGACUCUGGCACCGACUCUGCCGAGGGCACGCCGGUCAACUUCUCCAGCGCAGCCUCGUUGAGUGAUGAGACACUGCAGGGACCCCCCCGGGACCCGCCCCGAGCGCUGGCAGACAGGCAGAGGCCAAGGGGACAGGCAGCUCCAUCCAGACAGGCAUCGGGACACUGGCCCAAGGCAGGGGGCGCUAGCAGGAGCGUGGAACAGACCCGGGGAGGUGGCAGGAGCAGGGCCGGCCUGGAGCUGCCCCUCAGCCAGUCUCCGGGCACUCGCCCCGACAGGGAGGGCCCUCAAGUGGGGCGCUCACGUGGGGACGGGGGUCUGCAGUCCCUGUGCCUCACCACGCCCACUGAGGAGGCGGUGUACUGUUUCUACGACUCCGAGGAGGAGCCACUAGCCAGCAAGGUGCCACCCCCACGGCGGGCAUCUGCAAUUCCUCGUGCCCAGAAGCGGGAAAGACCCGAGGGCCCGAAGGAGACCCAGACCCUGUCCAAGGCUGUGCCACCUGCCAGGGCCCCACCCAGGCUGAUUGUGGACGAGACUCCACCCUGCUACUCCCUGAGCUCCUCAGCCAGCUCCCUCAGCGAGCCAGAGCCCUCUGAGCGGCCAGCCCCCUGCAGCACUCGAGGCCGUGAGCCAGUGGUCACCAAGGAUCUGGGCCCUGGCAGUGGCCGGGAAAGCUCCCCAAGCCCACGCACGGAGGAGGAGCUGCUGCGGAGGUGCAUAGGCUCAGCCAUGCCCAGGCGCCGGCCCCAGGCCUUGGGCUCGAGGCGACGCAAGCCCCGAACUGCCCGGUCUGACCCUCGGCCUGCGCAGGAGCCCCAAGAGUGCGCGGAGCCCGUGGUGGGCUGCGACCCGGCCUCUGACCUGGACAGUGUGGAAUGGCAGGCCAUCCAGGAAGGUGCCAACUCCAUCGUCACAUGGCUGCACCAAGCAGCAGCUGCAGCCAACGUAGAGGCCUCAUCAGAGUCCGACUCCCUCCUGUCCUUAGUGUCUGGGCUGUCCAUGGGGUCCCCGCUGCAGUCAUCCAAGCACAGGAAGGGGCGACAGGCCGGGACAGGGGCUGAAGCAGGAGGUACUCAUCGGUCAGAGAAACGGUGUCCAGCCCCAGCCAAGAGCAGUGGGAGCACCCGCUCACCUGGAGGCCCAGAGAAACCUCGGGGCACGCAGAAGACUAGAUCCGGGGAGCCGGCAGUGCUCCGGGGACGCACAGUGAUUUACGUGCCCAACCCCACGCCACGGACCCAGCCCAAAGGCACCUCGGGUCCCCGUGCCACACAUAAGAAAAUGGGGGCUUCCGGGACCCCACAGCCAGACACCUCAGCCAAAACUCCUAGCCCCGGACAGCAGAGGUCACGCAGCUUACACAGACCAGGCAAGAUCUCAGAGCUGGCGACCCUGAGCCACCCCCCGAGGAGCGCCACGCCUCCCGCCCGCCUCGCCAAGACCCCAUCCUCGAGCUCCUCCCAGACCUCGCCUGCCUCCCAGCCCCUGCCCAGGAAGUCCCCUCUGGCCACCCCAACCGCAGGACCCCUCCCUGGCCCCGGGAACUCCCCCGUACCCAAGACGCCAGCUCGGGCUCUCCUGGCCAAGCAGCACAAGACACAGAAGUCGCCAGUGCGCAUCCCGUUCAUGCAAAGACCUGCCAGGCGGGGGCCACCGCCGCUGGCGAGGGGUGCCCCAGAAUCGGUCCCCAGGGGCCGGACGGGGCCCGACGGGGGACCCGGGGUUCAUGGGAACCGCCUGGGCCUGGUGCGCGUGGCCUCGGCGCGCUCCAGCUGCAGCGAGUCUUCCGACCGCUCGGGUUUCCGGCGACAACUGACCUUUAUCAAAGAGUCCCCUGGGGGCUUGCUGCGUCGCCGGCGCUCCGAGCUGUCCUCCAUUGAGGCCGCGGCCUCCACCACCCCGGGCGCCUCUUCACGCCGCGGCCGGCCCGCCCUCCCCGCGGUCUUCCUCUGCUCCUCGCGCUGUGACGAGCUGCGAGCGCCCCGCCAGCAGCCCCCCGCCCCACAGCGGAGCCCGGCGACGUCGCGUCCCGGGCCCGGCCCGCGCGCGCCCCGCCGCACCAGCUCCGAGAGCCCCUCGCGCCUGCCCGUGCGCGCGCCCGCGCCGCGGCCCGAAGCGGUCAAGCGCUACGCGUCGCUGCCGCACAUCAGCGUGGCCCGCAGGCCCGAGGGGACGGCCGCCGCCGCCGCCGCCCGGGUCCCCGCGGACGCCGCUCGCCGCAGCAGCGACGGCGAGGCCAGGCCGCUGCCCAGGGUGGCGGCCCCCGGCACCACGUGGCGGCGCAUCCGCGACGAGGACGUCCCGCACAUCCUGCGCAGCACGCUGCCCGCCACCGCCCUGCCGCUGCGGGGCCCCUCGCCCGACGAAGGCCCGGCCGGAGGUCCGCAGCGCAAGACCAGCGACGCCGUGGUGCAGACGGAGGAGGUGGCGGCGCCCAAGACCAACUCCAGCACCUCCCCGAGCCAGGAGGCGCGCGCACUGCCCGCGGCCCCCGCCCCGGCCCCCGGGGGCCCCGCCCCGCCCCUGGGCAGCGACGUCGACGGCCCCGCCCCCACCAAGGCCCCCGCCGUCCCCCCCUUCGUGCACGAGGCCCUGGGCGUCGCUGUGGGGGGCUUCCCCGCCAGCCGGCACGGAUCCCCUAGCCGCGCCGCCCGCGUCCCCCCCUUCAACUACGUGCCCAGCCCCAUGGCGGCGCCGGCGGCCACCAGCGAUUCUGCCGCGGCGGAGAAGGCGCCGGCCUCGGCCCCAUCCCCGGCCCACCUCCUGGAGUAGCGGCCUAGCUCGGCCCCCCCGUAGCCCCUCUCCAGGCCCGGCCCGGCUGCCCGGCGGGCCCUUCCCGUAGAGGCUGCAGCAGGCCCGGCCCUCGGGCACCUGCCCCGGGUGCCAUCAGCCUGGCCCCAGGGAGGCUAAGUCAAUGCUUCUCCACCGCGGGGCUCGGGAGACGCCAGCACCGAGCACCCAAAGGUGCCUCGGCCCGGCCCCCUCUCCUCGCAGAGACCAUCCACUGAUGCUCGGGCGGGGACCAGCCCCAGCUGACCUGGGCGCAUCCGGAGGGAGGUGACACCUCUGGUCAGCACCUGCCCUGCCUGGGCAGCCCUCGCAGCGCUCAGGCGCGGGGAGGACAGCUGGGGGGUUCGGCGCGCUGCGCCUGCCAGCUGGGCCGACCGCGUGCGCCCGCGGGCGGGAGGCGGCCUCUAAUUAGGCGUGGUAAUGCGGUAAUGUCGGCGUAGGCGCUUUGUUUCUCCUCCGGGCUCCAGCUGCGGAGGCGGGGGAUGCGGGGAGGGGCUGCGCCCCAGGGAAGGAGGCUCUUCAGAGAGCCCGGGCCUAUACCACCCUCCCCGGGAAGGGCACCCCCAGGUUACUUGUCCCGUGGGCGAAGUCGGGGUCAGGCAGAUGCGGACAGUGACCAGUGUAAGACCCUUUCCAUCUUACAGGGAAAGCCCCAGGGACGGGGGUGGGGGUUCAGGGCCAGGUGGCGCGGUCCGACCCACUGUCCCCACUGUGGUGGGUGGAACACUGGGGUAGGAGGAGCUGGUGUGAUGGCGCACGCCUGUCAUCCCAGCAGCAGGGAGGCUGAGGUAGGAUUGCCAGCCUGGGUUACAUGGGGAAUUCAAGCCCAGCCUGAGGGGCUGGGAUCCCAAGGCCUGGGCUGUAAGGUGGUGGCUGGUCUCUAGGGGAUCAUCCCCACCAAAGGCUGCUCUCACUGUUGGUCGUGCCCCUCCCAUCACCUGAACCCUAACCCCAGGCCAGCCUGAAGGGAGGACCUGGGUAGGGGCAGCCCUGGCCCGCCCGGGACCAGGUUGGAGGGGGAGGGUUGUGCCAGGUGAGGUGGUGGACACUGAAUGGGGACCUGGGCACGAGGUCCCUCCUUGGGGAAAUGGGGCAGAGCUUCCCCGGAGAGAACCUUUCUCACCCCUGUGGCACCUGCCGCCACAAGCAAUUACCCUGGCAACUCUAGGCCCCUCCCUGGGGCCCUAGCUCUGCAGUCCCAGGACCCACAGAGAUGGGAGCCCCCAGCCCAGAGAGAGGUGAGGCUGCGUCCUACUGACCCUGCCCUGCUGCUGUCUGAAACAGGCAUCCUUGGGGCUGGGCGACCAUGCCAAGGGACGGUGGCCAGGAGGCUCCAACCAGUCAGGACUCUCUCCUUCCACGCGGGGUUGCCUGGGCACUUGGGGGGCAGAGCUGGCCGGGGACAACCGGCAAGGAAAGAGGCCUGGAUCUGCAGUGACCUCAGGACACAGACUCGGCAGCUGGGUGCCUGCCCACUGGCCCACACUCACCUUGGAUCAGCUGCACCCCCAGCGCCUGUUGGCGGGCAGUGGACGCCACCCUACUGACUGCAGGGCCCGGGCCAGUGUGGCUCACCUGACCAUGCACUAUGAGACCCUGGGCAGUACUCUGCCGCCUUGUGCCUCAGUUUCCCCAUGUGGGGGCCGCGGGGAGAACUCCCAGAGCUACCUCUUGGGUGAGGGGAGCCUGUUGUGAUGAGGGAGGCCCCCGGUGCUGCUCACUGGGGUGACCCUCCCCUCUCCCCAGCUGUGAUGUAAGGGGCUGUGGCUUCACGGCCACCUCCAGCAGCCACGCUUGCCGUCUGGCUCAGGCAGGACUCAGGGCUGGAGCUGGCAGUGUGGCCACUCGACCCGGGGCUGAGCCAGUGGUCACCAGCCUUAGGACUUACGGGUGAUCCUGACCCCCGCCAGCACCAGCCCAGGCAGACCAAGGACCCAAGCCUCAGGCUGACAGAUGCUGCCCCGCUUGGGCACUGGCUUGGGGCAGAAGGCCCCGCCCCAUACCUCAUCUCCCACCCCCCACCCAACUGUCACACGGGCUAUGGCCCCUGCACCUGGUUCCUGCCCGGUCUGUCAGCUCUUCCAGCCACCAACCCAUCUCUGUCUAGGAUUCCUCAGUGUUAACCGGAUGUGUAAAUAGUUAGGGCCCUGCGCACCCACCCCACUCCCUAAGCACCUGUGCGGCCCAGGCAUCUGGCUUCCUGUGCACCUUUAAUAAAGCGAGCUGUCAACGCUG